AUGCCGAAACCACGACGACAGUAUACUUGUUGUUGCUUUGUUAAUAAUAUUCGCUAUCUUAUUUUGUUGCUGUUAAUUGCCUGUUCCAGCAUUCUUUUUGCCAAUGUUGUUCUCUACAGCGUUGCUGUAAUGUAUGAUGAUUUGCAGCACUCUCAGUUAUGGCAACAACCACAAUUGUCAGAAUUUGCUUCUACGAAAAAAACUCGAAUUCCAAGAGACAUUGUUGGUGAUGAUGAUUUGGAUGGUUUAGAAUUAUCCAAUCACUUGAUGGAAAUGCUGAACGAAGAUAAUUUCAAUGAGAAUACUACAUUAUCUACGAUGUUUGCGGGACAUUCUAAUCAUACUACUACCUACAAAAAUGUCUCACAUUUCGAUAGAGAUGAAGCCGCAAAUUUUUCAAACUGGGAUGAUAAUGCAAAAAUAAGCAAUGGUGAAAAAUCAGAAGAAGAAGGUAUGCGACAAACGCUAAAACAGCGAACAAAACAUUUUCUGGUGUGGACUGCUCCUGGAGCUGGAAUGUUAUGUGGAUCAUUCCCUGCUUUUUGGUUUCUUCGAUCUUUUGGUGGCCGACGUUUCUUUGCUAUUUCGAUGAUAUUAUCAGCUACAGCAACAGCUUUACUCGCCAUUGUACCACACAUUAAAUACGGCCAGUAUUUGACUGUUUGUAUGCGAUUUGUCCAAGGGUUUGCGUUCGCUAGCAUCUUUCCAGUGAUCGGUCUAGUAACAGCGAAUUGGGGAACUCUCAAACAACAUUGGCCUUUGUCUGCUGUUAUGUUUACUCACGAUUACCGAUCACCAUUCUUGGCUCACGCUUUGCUGACGUGUUUAGUUUCAUUGAUUUGGUUUUUGAUAUUCAGAGAAAAACCACAGUAUCAUUCUUUGGUCAAUGGAUUGGAACUCAAUAAAAUAGUUGCCGGGAAAAUAAAGGGCAGACACAAUCGAGUUGUAGGCGAUAAUCCUUUACGUUUGUUAUUUACGUCAUUUCCAGUCUGGGCUGUUUGGAUUGCAGGCUGUGGCUAUUUUUUGGUGAUAUCACUUGCUGUUCAAUUUUUACCCUUAUACUGCUUUUUGAUUGUCCACGAAGCACGGGAAGAUUCUCCAGUAAUGGCAUCCAUACCAUUUUUGUUCAUGCUUAUAUUUACUGUACUUUAUGGAUUGUGGCGUUAUCUUGGGAAGCUUUGCAAUCAGAGGACUUCCGUGUUAGCGUUCAAUACUACCUCUUUUAUUAUUUGUUCACUCAUUUUUAUAUUUCUCGCGAUUUUUCCUCCAGGUGGCACUCUCCAUUGCGGGAUUGUAACAGCAUUUACGUCUAUUUUAUGUAUUCUGACGUUUUCCAUUCACGGGUUUUUUCAAAGUGCAACAUUAGUUGGCCGUUUCUUCGCGCAAUUUAUUGUUUCGUUCAUGCAGUUUUUUAUUGGUGUGGCAUUCUUCUUCACAGCUGCUGCUGUAGUCUUCUUCGUUGAAGAGAACAAUGCUGAUGAGUGGCGAUUGAUCUUUUUACUGAUAGCAGCUCUUCUCUUAAUUUCUGCUGCAGUGUUCGGAAUUUUCGGAAGUGCAGCACCUGAAGACUGGUCUAAAGAUAGUUGGGAUCCUUCUGCUGCUCGUCCAAUGAUUACAUUUGAUCAAAUUGAUUAUCACAUGGAGGAAUGUGGUGUCUUAGAGAUGAAAAUUCUGACUUAA